UCUAGUAAUUUUACUGCUCUAGUCUUUGAUCUCUAGUAAUUUUACUGCUCUAGUCUUUGAUCUCUAGUAAUUUUACUGCUCUAGUCUUUGAUCUCUGGUAAUUGUAAACAAGCCUACAAAGACAUACACAGAACUGCAUAAAGUGCACAUGUGCAAACGUGUUUUUUUUUUUUUUAAAAGACAGUACAACAAUUACUAAACAGGACAAUAGGGUAAAGGACAGUGCAGCGCCGACCAGUACACAGCUCUAGUCUGGAAUAAGGUAUUUUGUUUAUGGUGUUUUAGCAGCAGUUAAAGAAAGAAAUGUGCCAGAGUUGCAGAGGUAGUGGAGUGGUGUUCAGAGAAGUACUCUUACUGCUCUGGAUGGCAAAUCUCUGGUAAAAUGUCAUGGUUAGUUCAUUUAAAUCAUAAUUUUUCACCGAUCUAGUUUAAUAAAUUUUCUGCAUGGUUGCUUGUUUAUUUGCUGAAAAUUAAAAUCGUUGAUGUAGUUCUGUAAAACUCUAGAAUAAAUGCAGCUCUAGUCAUGUUAGUCGUAUGAGUCCGGUGUUUAUGGGAGCAUGCAGCUGGUAGACGUUUAACUGGGUGAACUUUGACCCACUGGACGCUCACAAUCCUGCGCACCAGCCCCCCUCUGCAUGCUGCCCAAAGUGUGUUAGCAAGUCGCGUAGCUAACGCAGUGGAACAAGAAGAGGGAGACUGAACGAAGAGGAAAAUGACAGAACAGGGAGGAAGACUGGAGCAAAAAGAAUAAGGAUACGAGACCCUAAUCAAGGAGGCAAAGACAUCACGGAGGAGAUCAUGUCCGGGGGCCGCAGUGCCUCCACACCUACGCCUCCACAGUCGGUUCUGCCCAUGUCAGAGGGCGGAGCCAUCACACAGUCUAAUGGUGAGAAAGCCACGCCUCCUGUCACAGCAGCCAGAGCAGAUGACUGGGUACAGCCUGUAGUGUCCCUAGAGUUCCCCAUUCCCCCAGGGGAAAGCCCUGUCCCAGACGCUCCGCCCACUCCGCCUCCCACCAGCCCAAUCAGUGACACAGUUGAUGCCCCGCCUCCUGCCAUGGAAAAACCCAUGCCACCCAAAGCUCCAAAACAGCAGGAGCCAAAGUCCUCAUCAGCAUUGGUUCCUUCAAACACUAAUGGUUCUACAGAGAAUGGGGCGGGGCCAGCAUCAGUGUCUAUUCAUCUUCCGGUUUCAGGGGCGGAGCCAGCACUGGAGUCUCCAAUCGCGCAGCCAGAGGAGCUGCAACUUGUAAACGGAUUAACUGCAGACCCCAAAAGAGAUGUCAGCCCUCUCGCUGAGCCUGACAUCACCAAAGAGGCUCCACCCGUUAUCGAGGAAUGCUCAACACGGACUACCAAAGCUGUCCCCCCUGUCGUCAAGGAAACCCCCACUCAGGUUGUCAGCAUGACGCCGCCACUUCCAGCCGUCAAGGAAUCUUGUAUCCCGAGUGUCAAAGAAACACCGGCUCCUAAGCCGACGCCCACCCCAGUUGUCACUGAGAUUUCCACUCCUGUUGUCACAGAAACCCUGUCUGUGGUUGCCAAGGAUACCCCCUCAUCAGCUGUCAAGGAGAUCCCUUCACCAGUUGCCAAGGAAACCCCGACUCCUGUUGUCCUGGAGACUCCGGUUGUAAACGAGAUGCCUCCUCCAGUUGCCACAGAAACCAGCGAGCCUGUUGUCCAAGAAACUGUUGUCGAGGAGCCUUGUCCUGUUGCUAAGGAGACCCCAGAACUGAUCGUUGAGGAAACCCCAAGUCCCUCAGAGCCUGUGUGUGUUGCUGCUAAAGCCACGCCUCCUCCUCCUCUUCCUUCUGCUCCUGCUCCUGCUCCUGCUCCUGCGGAGGAACGAGAGGACACGCCCCCUCUACAAACAACAGCCCCGGACAGCACUAUCCCAGCUGUUUCUGUGCCAAAGAAGAAGAGGAAGUUGAAGGACCUAAACAAGAAGGAGACUGGUGAUGUGCUGGAUGCCUUUAAAGAGCCACCACCACCAAAGCCAGAGGCCACGCCCCUGGUAAAAUCAGAGCAGGCCGAGCCUGCCCCUGUAGCUCCACCCCCUGUAGAAGAAGUGGAAGAGACAUGGGAGGAGAAGGAGGACAAGCUCGAUGCUGAAAACAUCCAACCACAGAGUCCCGAACCCGCCACGCCCACCGAGCAGAAAUACCAGUACAAAGAGGAACAGUGGAAACCUCUGAAUCCUGAGGAGAAGAAGAAAUAUGACCGAGAGUUUCUUCUGGGCUUCCAGUUCAUCAGCGCUAGCAUGCACAAACCAGAGGGGCUACCACACAUCAGCGAUGUGGUGCUGGAUAAGGUGAAUAAAACUCCUCUGCGGCCGUUAGACCUGAGCAGAAUGAACUGUGGUCCAGAUUUCACCCCCUCAUUUGCUAACCUGGGCAGACAGCCAGUCGGGGGGCGUGGCCCGGCUGUGGGUUUGCCCGGCCCGAGGCGCUCGGGUCAGUCCGGAUCCCGUAAGGAACCGAGGAAGAUCGUGCUGUCCGGCGUGUCCCUGAAUGACGAUAUUCAGCUGAGCAAGGCCGAGAAGGCGUGGCGGCGUGGGGGCGGAGGCGACGUCGAUGACCCGGAAUCAGUGAAGACGCAGGAGCUGUUGCGGCGUGUGCGAGGCGUGCUGAACAAACUGACCCCCCAGAUGUUCCAGCCGCUGAUGAAGCAGAUCACAGAGAUGACCAUCGACACAGAGGAGAGGCUGAAGGGCGUGAUCGACCUGGUGUUCGAGAAGGCCAUCUCCGAGCCCAACUUCUCUGUCGCUUACGCUAACAUGUGCCGCUGCCUCAUGGGGUUGAAAGUGCCUACCUCUGAUAAGCCGGGAGUGACGGUGAAUUUCCGAAAGCUUCUGCUGAAUCGCUGCCAGAAAGAGUUUGAGAAGGACAAGGACGAUGACGAGACGUUCGAGAAGAAACAAAAGGAGCUAGACGCUGCCACUGAGGAGGAGGUGCGUCAGCGUCAGAGGGAGGAGCUGGAAGAGGCGAAGGACGCGGCACGGCGACGCUCCCUCGGCAACAUCAAGUUCAUCGGCGAGCUCUUCAAGCUGAAGAUGCUCACAGAGAGCAUCAUGCACGACUGCGUGGUCAAACUGCUGAAGAACCAUGACGAGGAGAGCCUGGAGUGUCUGUGCAGACUGCUGUCCACCAUCGGCAAGGACCUGGACUUCGAGAAGGCCAGGCCUCGUAUGGAUCAGUAUUUUAACCAGAUGGAGAAGAUCAUUAAAGAGAGGAAGACGUCCUCCAGAAUCCGGUUCAUGCUGCAGGAUGUCAUCGACCUGAGACGGAAUAACUGGGUGCCCAGGCGAGGAGAUCAGGGCCCCAAGACAAUAGAGCAGAUCCACAAGGACGCUGAGAUGGAGGAGCAGCGAGAGCAGAUUAAAGUCCAGCAGCAGCUCCUCUCCAAGAAGGAGACGCGAGGAGUUGGAGGAGGAGGAGGAGGAGGAGGAGGAGGAGGUGUGACCCUGGGCCCCCGCGGUGUUGGCCCCACCUCACACCGUGGCAACCCACCACCAGACGACGGCUGGAAUACGGUGCCCAUCUCCACCAAGAACCGACCCAUCGACACCAGUCGCCUCAGCAAGAUCACCAAGCCAGGCGCCCUGGACUUUAACAACCAGCUACUUGCCCCUGGUGGCAAAGGAUCAUGGGGCAGCUGGGGCAAAGGGAGCAGUGGGGGCUCAGGGGCUAAACCCAGUGAUAGUGCUCAAGACUCGAGCCGUACGAGCACACUGAAUCGCUUCUCCGCCCUCCAGCAGCCUUCUUCCUCCUCCUCAUCUUCCUCCAACAUAGACGCUGAAAGAAGAGUACCACAAAGGAGCAGCUCGAGUCGAGAGCGUGGUGACCGUGGCGACCGUCUCGAACGCGGUUCAGACCGAAACCGGCCUGCCAUCAGUAAACGCAGCUUCAGCCGAGAAAAAGACGAGUGGGAGCAAAGACCAACGGAGACGGUGCGGCGAGUCGCUAGCAUGACCGACGAGCGAGAACGAGCAAGAGAGCGUGAACGAGAGAGAGAGAGAGAACGAGCACCCAGCAAAGACAGCGUGAAGAGAGAACCUGUCUCCACACCACCUCCUGCUCCGGCUAAACCGGCUCUAAGUCCUGAGGAGCUCGAGAAGAAAUCCACUGCCAUCAUCGAGGAGUACUUGCACAUCAAUGACAUGAAGGAGGCGCUGCAGUGUGUGAGCGAGCUGAACUCCGCCUCACUGCUCUACGUGUUUGUGAGGACAGGAAUCGAGUCGACUCUGGAGCGCAGCACCAUCGCCAGAGAGCACAUGGGCUUACUACUGCACCAACUGGUCAAAGCUGGAACGCUGUCUGCACAGCAGUACUACAAAGGGCUGAUGGAGGUGCUGGAGGUGGCUGAGGACAUGGCCAUUGAUGUGCCUCAUAUCUGGGUUUACCUGGCCGAGCUGAUCACUCCCAUGCUGCAUGAAGCUGGGAUUCCCAUGGGCUCGCUCUUCAGGGAAGUGGCUAAGCCUCUGGUACCUAUCGGCAAAGCUGGGGAUUUGCUAGCACACAUCCUUACCCUGCUUUGCAAAGGAAUGAGCCAUAAGAAGGUUGGAGUCAUGUGGAGGGAGGCGGGGCUUAGCUGGAAAGACUUCCUGUCUGCGGAUGAAGAUGUCAACAAGUUUGUGACUGAGAAGGGAGUGGACUACACGCUGGGUGAGGAGUGUGUGAAAUUUGGUAGCAGUAGGAAAUCUCUGAGCGUGGAAGAGAUGUCCAAACAGCUGGACCAACUGCUGCAGGACAAAUCUGACAACCAGCGCAUAUACAACUGGGUGGAGGCGAACCUGGACGAGCAGCAGGCUUCAUCGAACACCUUUGUGCGAGCUCUGAUGACCUCCGUGUGUCAGGCUGCUAUCAUUUGUGAAACACCGUAUAAAGUGGAUACUAAAGAGAUUUCCCAGAGGGCCAAGCUGCUCCAGCGCUACAUUAAUACUGAGCAGAAGGAGCUGCAGGCGCUCUACGCGUUACAGAGCCUCAUGGUGCAGAUGGAGCAGCCGCCAAACUUAUUGCGGAUGUUUUUCGACGUGCUCUAUGACGAGGACAUCAUUAAGGAGGACGGCUUCUACAAGUGGGAGUCGAGCAAAGAUCCAGCUGAGCAGCAAGGAAAGGGCGUCGCCCUCAAAUCAGUCACUGCUUUUUUCACUUGGCUCCGUGAAGCCGAGGACGAAUCAGACAACAGCUAAAGCCCUCCUCGCUCCUUUCACAAUUUCACAAAUUUCCUGGAGUUGAAACAAGCUGCAGUUUUCAAAGUGGAUGGAUAAAAAUUUGAACUUUGGAUCGCGUUUUUUUUUUUUUUUUUUUUUUUUUGUUUCCUUCUUUUGUUUUAUGCUAGCGAAUGUUUUUUUGAGCCGAAACUGUUGAUUUAUAAAAAUUUCACAAUUCACCGAGAGGAUAAAGAAGUCUGGAGAUCUUGUUCCAUUAUCGUUUCAGUAGUUGUUGACAUCAGCUUGGUGUCACUAAACUCACACACUUUGCCUAUGAUGUGUCGCUACAACAGUGUGAUUUAUCAAAAGCUGCUGAGAGCUCUAUAUUUUUUUGAAACUCUUCGAAGUGUCAUGUUGAGAGAAACUCUUUACUCUGGGCUGGAGAAUGAAGUGCUGUGUUGAUUUUUUUUCCCCCCUUUUCUCCCCUCCAAUGAGUUUGUUAAACAGGACAAAAAAAAAGGAAAAUCCAGGGCUGUGAUUGGGUGGUUUAAAAGGGGGAAUGAACUGCUUCCUGACAGCUCUGCGUGAUGCAAAAAAAAAAAAAAAAAAAAAAAAAAAAAAAAGGAGAUGGAGGGUGAACUUUGAUCUUUUUUUGCUGCUGCUGCUGCUGCUGCUGAGGGGGUGGAGUUACACUAACCGCCACCCUCAACUUGUCUGAAUUAACUUUUGUCCACUUGUUUAAAAAAAAAAAAGACAAAAAAAAGAGGACAAAAAAAGCUGGUUUACUGAAUCUGUGUGAAUCCUGUAGUGCAUUUUAUAAAAUACAAUCAAUACUAAAACUUAGAAAAAAAUAAUUGAUUGACUAAGAUAUUGACUAUAAAAAAGGCAAAAGUGUUAAAUAAAUAAAUAAAAUAAAAAACGGAAGACAGAAAUAGUACAAAUAGUGUGAAAAGCUACCAUAACGCAUUUCAGGAGAGUCCUGUAAAUAUUUAGUUUUUUGAUUGUUUUUUGUUUAAACUUUUCAGUAAUAAAAAAAAAUGCUAACUUUA